CUAACUGACUGGAGCUAGGCAGCUCUGAUGCUGCUCAUGCCAACAGCGCUUAAUGUGAAUUAUAAUUGCCUCUGAAACGUACAGUGCAAUGUGUUUGUGCUGUCAUUAAAUGCCACAUCGCGUUUAGUUCUUGCCGAGUUGAUUACGAAAGACGUACAUAUGUAUCUGAAGAGACACGUUAGCUGAGCCAUGUAUUCAUCAAGAAAGCUACAGUUGCUUUCGACUGCGACUGACCUUUAUUGAAUGUGUGAGGAAAAGCACAGCAUCACUGGCAAAUAAUUAGGUGUUGUUGGCUUAUAAUAAAUGUAUUAUCAACUUUAUCAAUGCAAUAUACAGUCUGUCACUCCUUUUUUAGUUUGGCCUAGGAUAAUCACACACAGGCACAGGCGUUGAUCUAGUUCGAGAUGAUGUACAGACUUUCGAUUCGGAACUAUUAGAUCCGUGACAAUUAAAUUGGUUAAAUGUGACAAAAGUUCGGGCUACUAAAUAAAAAACGAAGGAUACCAAAGCUGAGAUUUUGUUGUAUACUAAGACCUAUUGCAAUCUGAAUGUUCAAAAUAUCCAUCAAAACUGGAUCUCACCAUCCUAUUAAAUUCUGAGCGUUAUUUUGCCACUGAGUCUAAUAAUAUGUGAAAUAAAUGGCUUUCAAAGGGAACAUGUCCAGGACAGCAUUAGGACUUUUGCAUGUCUUGUUUGUCUUUACCCUUCAUUCAACUGGCUCAAUGUUGUCCUACUAAUUCGUGUUAGGAAAAUGAAAAUGGCCCAGCCCUUAAUAAUCACAUUUUACUUUGAGACAUGCGAUUUGUUUUAAAAAAAAAAACUCCCUUCAGCUAUUGGGACAAGGACAGCGACAUUAUAGCCAUAACAUUCACUGGCAGUUUGGUUUCCCCUUUUUUCAAAAUGGGUUGGAUUAGGGGUGGUGCCUCUGUAGUCAUAAGACUUCAGGAGUCAUUUCCACUUAGCUGUGUCAGGUGACUCAGGCAAGUCAUGGGUUUUGUACCAGACAAUACACAUGCUUCAGAUUUGUACAGUAAAGGAGCACAGAAGCCAGGAAACACUGGCCCGAACAUUAGUAUUAUUAUAAAGAACCAAACGGAUCGACACACACACACACACACACACACACACACACACACACACACACACACACACACACACACACACACACACACACACACACACAAAAAAAUAAUGGUCUUGUCGUGCGAUUGACACAUGCAAUCCUGGAUCGGACGUUUAUUGUUCGUGUCUCAUCGACUUUUUUGUUUAUUUAAGAUUAGUUCAGGAUCAAUAAUGUUGAAAAGAUCUGGUCAGUUCUGCGAAGACAUGAUUCCUACCGUGGGGUUCAACAUGAGAAAGGUCACCAAAGGAAACGUGACCAUAAAGGUCUGGGAUAUCGGUGGGCAGCCCAGGUUCAGAAGUAUGUGGGAGCGCUACUGCCGGGGAGUCAACGCGAUUGUAUACAUGGUUGACGCAGCAGAUUCUGAAAAGGUGGAGGCAUCCAGAAAUGAGCUUCAUAAUUUAUUAGACAAGCCUCAGCUACAAGGAAUACCAGUUCUUGUACUGGGCAACAAAAGGGAUCUCCCUAGCGCUCUAGAUGAGAAGCAGCUUAUUGAGAAGAUGAACUUGGCAGCUAUUCAGGACAGAGAAAUAUGCUGCUACUCUAUUUCCUGUAAAGAGAAAGACAACAUAGAUAUCACACUUCAAUGGCUCAUCCAGCACUCAAAAUCUCGGAGGAGCUGAGAGAACCGGAAGUGUUGCCAGCGCUGGUCGCCACCUUACCCCCAUGCCACGUCCUGUCCACGCUGCAAUGGUGUACAGUCCCGGUCCCCAGCGCACUGUUAACCCCUCUUCUGGUAUCCCCACAUGUUAACCCCUCCUCUGGUAUCCCCACAUGUUAACCCCUCCUCUGGUAUCCCCACAUGUUAACCCCUCCUCUGGUAUCCCCACAUGUUAACCCCUCCUCUGGUAUCCCCACAUGUUAGCCCCUCCUCUGGUAUCCCCACAUGUUAGCCCCUAUUCUGUUAGCCCCUAUUCUGUUAGCCCCUAUUCUGUUAGCCCCUAUUCUGUUAGCCCCUAUUCUGUUAGCCCCACAGAUGUAGGGGGGGGGGGGGGGGGGGGAGGGAAGGGACAGUUGCUGGGGGAAGGGGGGGGGGGGGGAGCGUGAAGAAUCAAAAAAAUAAAAAGCCUGUCCACCUUAUACCCCCAGUACGGCGGCCCUGCUAGCAGUCAUCCAAGCUCCCUUUCCUUAAUCAAAGGAGUUGGUUUUUUGGUUACCCUCAAGGUCAUUAAAAAAAGAGGAACAAGUGCAUUAAAUAUGGUUGUUAGCCGAGCAGGUAUGUGUAAAUAUCUUGCUUAAAAUAUUCUUUAAGCGUGUGAGAUAUGUGUGUUCUAUUUAAAGUUUGAAUGUACAGAAGGCUUGAAGUUGGAUGUGUGUCAGUGUUUGUGGUUCGCAUUGCGCCUGGCGGAGUUUUGUUGUGCGGUCCUGCAGCCGAGAGGAGGGAGAAUCUAAAGUGCCUUGGGCAGCAUCGCCCCUCGGAGCACAGCAGCCUCUGCCUACCCAAACAAGUCAGAAUACCACUAAAAUGUAUACGUGAAAUAAAAGGGCAUGCUUUUUAA